CGUACGUACUAGGAAAUAUUAACUUUGUUUGGUACAAUCACCAAACAGAAAAAUAUUAAGACAAAUUUCAUUCAUUAAUUCAUAGUCAUGCCAACCCGUUACAAUGGACCUGGUUUGUUUGGUAGACCACUUCACUCUGUCCUUGGUGGAGGAAAGAUUGCUGAUAUCUUGCUAUGGAAAGACAAGAAAUUAUCGGCAGCAUUUGUAGCUGGAUUUUCAAUGGUUUGGUUUCUCUUUGAAGUAGUGGAAUAUAAUCUUGUUACUCUUCUAUGUCACAUCCUCAUAGCCCUUAUGCUCAUUCUCUUUGUUUGGCAUAAUGCAGCUGGACUAAUCACAUGGAGACUUCCUAAUAUCUAUGAUCUUGAAAUCCCAGAUUACACCGUUAGAUUCCUUCAUAAUAAGUUUAACUUCUUCUUGAGAAAAUUUUAUGACAUUGCAACUGGAAAAGAUCUCAGAUUCUUCUUUGUGACAAUUGCUGGCCUAUGGAUCAUGUCUACUAUUGGAAAUUUCUUCAGCACUGUCAAUUUACUAUAUACAACAUUUUUAUGCUUGGUGACACUUCCCAUUAUGUAUGAGAGGUAUGAACAUGAGGUGGAUUAUCUAGCAAGUAAAGGAAACCAAGAUGUGAAGAGAUUGUUCAAUAAAUUGGAUUCAACAGUUCUCAACAGGAUUCCAAGGGGACCAGUGAAAGAAAAGAAGUUAAGAUGAUUUUUAGAUCCUCUCUGUCACGCAUGAAAUAAUAAAAUAUAACAUGUACUCUCUUUAAUUUCCUCUGCUUUUGCCAUCAAUUGGCUACAGCAUAUUUGUAUUCUCUGAAUUAAUUUAAUAAUAAUCACUAACAAGGCAAA